AGACGCUGGUAUGUUUCCACAAGUGACACGUGUCAAUUGGUGGAGGCACUGAGGGAUUUCAUUCCCAAAUUCCUCCCUUUUAUUAACCAAGAACCGGAACAGCUAGAGGCAACAACUCUCUCUUUGUAAUCCUUAUUCUCUCUGUCUUUCUUUUUUUCAAUUCCUUCUUGUGUUUCUUCUCAUUAAAAUCACAUUCUACUCACACAAUAACACCCCAUUCAUUCAUUGAAAACAAACACACACUCAUGAUGAAGAAUCAUAACAGAGACAUGGAACAACAGAGCAUUGACGACUGGUCUGAAAAAGAGAUGGAAGUUGCUCGAAUCCUCCUCGACUUGCCUCGCCUCUGGGUCGAUCGACCUUCAUUCACUUGGGGCCGAAAAAGGAAGAGAUCUGCAAUUCAAGACACCCUCUAUCUUUCUUCUUCGCCGCAAACCACGCCGUCUCGUCACGGUGGUGCUGGUGCUAAUAACAGAACCAACGGCGCCGCCGCCGUGAGUCCUGUGAGCCCUGCUUCCCCUCUUUCGUUUUCGCGGACUGAAUCAGAUGAGAAGCUUAAAGCGAAACCCUCUCUUGCUAGUAAAAGAGAACACUAUCUGAGAAUGGUAGAACUAGAAGACCACUUGACCAAAACUAAAGAGUCGCUCAAUCAAGCGAUAGACAAGGUGAAAAGUCACUAUGACCAGCUCAAGAAGUUCAAUUUGAAGCUAAGAGAAAGGAAACAACAGCUAACUAACAAUGGCUCUGAAACUGAAAGUGAAUCCAAAAACCCCAAUUUGGAAUUGGAGUAUAGAGUCAACUACUGUUCCAAUGAGCAAAAGCAGAACUGUGAACCUUCAACAAUGGCCAAUCAGAAUCACAAGCGUGGGCCCUCUGAGGAUCUGUGUGCAACGACGUCGUUCACAGUGGCAUCAUCAGUCUCUUCCUCUAGUACACUGGGCCGGGUCAACGCUGGUGGAGGCCCACUACGACCCCUUCUUGAUCUCAACCUCACUGCUGGAGAGUAUAUCCACGUGGGCUCUUGUCAACCGUUUGAUAUGACCCUGGCUUGUUAUGAACCGUUGGAUAAGAGCAGGGUGAACAAGGAUUGGAGUAGAAGUAAAGCCAUGGCAGCAGCUGAAGCGAGGCAGAGAAGGCUUCAAAUUUGCAGACUCAAGACGAAGAAGUCCAUUGGAAGUAGCAGCAAAUCACGAUUUUCUUAUACAUGAUUCAAAUAUUUGCAUAUCUUUAUAAUUUUCCACCACUAUUUUUUGUUAGAGGUUUAGAGAAGAUUUGACAUUAUUAUUAUAGAUAUAGGGAAGGUUAUUAGGAGUGUAUCACUUAAAAUUUGUGAUAUGCUAGUUUCGUUUUCAACAAGUUUCACCUUUAUAUGUUCAAAGAAUAAUCCAUAAAUGCGGGUAAAAAGGUAUUGACUAAUUAUAAUCACAAUCAAUUGUAGUUUCUAUA